UAUGUCACAAAUGUUAAAAACUGUCAUCUAUAUAAAAACCUGACAAGUAGUAGGGCCUACGAAGCAGAGUGAAUUUUGUUUUCUCUGCCUCAGCAGUAUUCUAUCAGGCCAAAAUUGAAAACAUCUGUGGAGUUGUGCAGGGCAGCUUGAGCAAGAUCUACACACAGUACUUCUUACUUUGAGAGUCAAUUCUAUGUUGGACUGAGUCUUGUAUUGCUGGAAUAAUGGAAAGUGUAGAUAUGCUGACGAUCAGGUAUACGACGUUUGACAAAAUGUACAGCUAUGAUCUGCGGGAGCAGAGCUUUAGAGACUGGCCAUUUAGAGAGGAAUGCAACUGCACACCUGAAAAGAUGGCUAAAGCUGGUUUUGUCCACUGCCCCAGUGACAAUGAACCAGACGUUGCCUGUUGUUUCUUCUGUCUGAUUGAACUUGAGGGCUGGGAACCAGAUGAUGAUCCAUGGUUUGAGCACAGCAAGCGCUCACCCACUUGUGGAUUCCUAACCAUGAAGAAAGCAGAUUUCACUGAGCUGACCGUGUCUGAAUACUGUCAACUGGAAGGUGAAAGGCUGAAGAUCUACAUUAGGAAGAUUUCUCAUAAGAUGAUGGCGUACUUGCGUGACGACAUGGAUAAAGUGCUUGAUCGCCUAAAAUCUCAGCUGGAGACGAUAUAAUAGCUGUUACUCAUAAAUAUAAAGUAUAAAUGCCAACAAAAAGUGUUCCUAUGAAAAUGCAUUUUAACUAAUAAAGUUUUAGUUUGCAGUACUGUCUCUGACCACACGGUGGGGCCUUUGAGCUUUAUGUAUGAAAUCACACACUGUCAAAUAGUGCUUCACAGAAUUCUCAAUGGCAAACCUUGUAAGUGUCAUCUGAUAUGAAAGCCUACAUUGAGAAGGAUUACAAUGUGGGCUAUAUUCCCCUGUUUCCCUCAAAUACUUACCAUUUUCCUGAACACACCACCAUCUCUA